GUACACACGGUCUUCUGAAGAAAACAUAACUCACGCUUGCAGAUAUCAGAAAAGCCGUCACUGGACUGUCAAGCAAACAAGCACGCACCUUUUCUUUCUAUCGAAGGUGAAUCAUGUCAGCUAAAUGGAGAGCAUUGCAGCAUCGGCAUCGUUAUACGUACAGUGUUGUUACUUUCUCACAAACUUUCAUUGAGGCAUUAGAUCAAACACCAUCCUCUCGCUUCUUCUCCGAACUAAAACAGAUGGUAUCCUUAACUUCAACGUACUCCCAACUCAUCCAUGCCAAGAAUGUUGCUGCAGCGUUCUCCGACUUGCUGUGUAAUACAAGUUUUGAUGAGGGUUUAAUGUCUAAGGCUUCGAGGUUCUAUUUGGAGAUUCUUUUCCUGGAGAAUUCCGUACCUCUGCAUAGAACUUUGAUUUCCGUUCUUUCGAAAUGCAAAAACUUUCAAGCUCUGGUCCAGAACAGUUUCCGAGAAUUGUGCGAUGAGUAUGGAGGUGAGAAUGGGAAAGGGAAGAGGUUUUGUGUCUCACGAGCUGCGUUGUCCAUGAUGAGCACUCCAAAGCUGGGAUACUUGGUUGAAAUAGUAGAAGAAUGCGCGGUUUUGGUCGCAUUGGAUGUAGUGUCCGGGUUGAGUAGUAUAGUGUCUCAAACCAGUGAGGGGUCCAGGCCUUCACCCCUUGUUAUGGAACAGUGUCAGGAGGCUCUCUCGUGUUUGUACUACUUGCUUCAGCGGUUUCCUGCAAAGUUUAUUGAUGGAGAUGUUGGAAAAGACCUCCUAGUUUGCAAAAGAUAUAGUCUUUUGGAGACUAUCAUGGCUACUGUUACCAGAUUUUUGACUUCAGAAGAAUUUUCCAGGGAUUGUCUUGUGGCAGCUGGGGUCUGCUUUUGUGCUGCUCUGCAGGUGUGCCUUUGCCCUGAAGAGCUUGGUUCAUUUAUAAUGGAAGGAGUUUUUAAUCAGAAAGACGUUUCAUGCUUAAAGUUUGAAAAGGAUCUUACGAGAACGAUACCAUGGAAAGCAACACUGUUUACUGGAAUCCAAAAAUUAUCUCCUCUCAGUAGACUUUGUUUGAUCAGAGGGAUCUUAACAGCAGUUUCAAGAACUGUCCUGAAUAUCCUUUUUGUUGUAUCAAAUGGUGGUUUUGAUGAUAACUGUAGUCCGGGAGAUAAUGACAGCUCUGCUAAGACAAUUCUUUACGAUGAAAUUCUGCCUGAGCUAUGUACUUUAUGUGAGCAUCGAACUGAUAGCCAUUUUAAUUUCCAUGCAUUAACGGUGAUGCAGAUAUGUUUGCAGCAGAUAAAAACAUCACUGCAAGGAACAAAUGGUUAUAUUGAAGAAGGCUAUGAUCCAAUCUCAGAGGAGAUUGGAACGAGGAUAUUCAAAAUUGUGUGGAAUAAUUUGGAAGACCCUUUAAGUCAAACAGUCAAACAAGUUCACCUUAUAUUUGAUCUUUUCUUAGAUGUUCAGGUAACCCUUCACUGGGCAGGGGGCAGUAAAAAAUUCUACUCGUUCUUGAGGAAAAUUUCCUCUGAUCUUCUUAACUCAGGGCCACGCUGCAAAGGACGAUAUGUUCCGUUAGCUUCCCUUACUAAGAGGUUGGGGGCAAAGAGCAUGUUAGAUAUGAGCCCUGACUUGUUAUUUGAUACGACAAAGGCAUAUCAGGAUGACGAUGUGUGCUGUGCUGCAACAACAUUCCUGAAGUGUUUCCUAGAGUGCUUGCGUGAUGAGUAUUGGAGUAGUGAUGGUGUUGCAGGCGGGUUUAUGAAAUACAGACAUCACUGCUUGCUCCCGCUUUUCUCUGGACUUUCUUCUGGAUUGGCUAAGCUGCGCUCUAAUUUGAACACAUAUGCUUUACCAGUUUUACUUGAACUGGAUGUUGAUAGUAUAUUUUCAAUGCUAGGUUUUAUUGGCAUCGAAUGCAGCGGAGAGAGCACUGAUGUUUUUUGUCCUGUACUAGAUUCUAGGGAUAUUGUUCUGGGAGUUGAACAGAGGGUCGCUGUUUUGGUUUCCCUGCUCAAGGUUUGUCGUAUGCUUGCAUUAAUUGAAGGAGACAUUGAUUGGCCUGAGUACUCUUCUAUGGUAUUGGAAGUGAAGGAGCUGAGUACUCACUCUGAUGUUGGUGCUGUAAACUCUGUUGUCCGCCUGAAGGGGAUUGAGGUUAAGAUUCCGGUAAAUUAUCUGGUUUUAGCCCUUACACACAUUGAUGAUUCACUCCGAAUAGAUGCAGCAGAAUCUUUAUUCAUGAAUCCAAAAACUGCCAGUUUACCAUCUUCUUUAGAACUGAGUCUGAUGAGGAAAGCAGUGCCAUUGAACAUGAGAUGCUGCUCUACUUCCUUUCAGAUGAAGUGGGCUAGCUUGUUCAGGAAAUUCUUUUCACGUGUUCGGAUUGCCUUGGAAAGGACAAUUAAACAGGGCACCUGGCAACCUACAGUCAGUAAUUGUGUUGUUGUUGGUCAAUUUAAUGGAGAACCAGAGCAAGCUAUAAAACACAGGGCAGAAGACCUGUUUAAUUUUAUUAGGUGGUUGGGUUGCUUUUUGUUCUUCUCAUGUUACCCAUCUGCUCCUUAUGAGAGAAAGAUAAUGGCAAUGGAACUACUGUUGAUAAUGUUGAAUGUUUGGUGUAUUGUCCCUCCUGCUCAAGGAAAUUCUGAUUCUCAGUCUUCUGAAGUCAAUCUAUAUCCUUACAGUAAGGGGUUAAUCUUACCUGAAUCAACUUUGCUUUUAGUUGGAUCAAUUGUUGAUAGUUGGGACCGGCUUAGAGAAAGUUCUUUCAGAAUACUGCUGCAUUUUCCCACUCCAAUUUCAGGAAUCAGUACUCCAGAAAUGGUAUGUGGAGCAAUGUUAUGGGCUAAGAAGCUAGUAUGUAGCCCACGUGUCAGAGAAAGUGAUGCAGGUGCUCUGACUUUUCAGCUCAUAUUUAGAAAAUAUGUUCUGCAACUUGGUUGGGAUGUUAGAGUAUCAUCACUAUCAUGCAAUGCUGUUUCUCAGUCUUCGGCUAGGCAGUCAAAUGGGAAGAAUGGGGAAUUUACAUCUAGCAGCCCUGUAAUUGAAUAUAUAGGAUCACUUGUUGUUUGGCUGUGUGCUGCUGUUGAAGAAGGGGAGAAGGAUCUAACGGAAGCAUGUAAGAACAGCUUCGUUCAUGGUGUGCUGCUUACUCUUCGAUAUGCAUUUCAGGAAUUGGACUGGGAUUCCGUAGCUGUUAUAUCUAAUAUAUGCUACAUGAAACUUCUACUGGAGAAAAUCUUGGCUCUCGUUGUGCGAAUAACGUCUUUGGCCCUGUGGGUGGUUUCAGCAGAUGCAUUGUACUUACCAGAUGAAAUGGAGGAGAUGGCAGCUGAUAGUGCUCAUUUCUUAGAGAGAAUGACUGAGAUAGAUGUUUCUACCUCUACACCAGCUGAUGAGAUGAGAUCUGCUAAAACUGAGCAGGAUGAUGUGCCUAUAGACCAGGUAGUUAUGGUUGGUUGCUGGCUUGCAAUGAAAGAGGAACCUACCCUAAACAGAAUUGUGGGUCCAUUGUUAUUAUAAAAGCCCAAUGUGGUCAUUCUUUUGUUUUCACUUCACGCAUUUCCAGGUUAGUCUUCUUUUGGGAACGAUAAUAAGAAAGGUUCCUUUGCCCUCCUCUGAUGUACCGAACUCUAGUCUCCCAAAUGCUGAUGUCACUGAUCAUCUAUUAUCUGACACAGUUCUUGAUCUGAAGCAACUUGAGAUAAUUGGUAACCACUUCUUAGAAGUCCUUUUGAAAAUGAAGCAUAAUGGUGCUAUUGAUAAGACGAGGGCUGGGUUUACUGCCCUUUGCAACCGUUUGCUUUGUUCAGAUGACCCAAGGCUAUAUAAAUUGACUGAAUCUUGGAUGGAGCAGCUCAUGGAGAGAACUAUUGCGAAAGGACAAAAUGUGGAUGACCUUGUUAGGAGAAGUGCUGGUAUUCCUGCUGCAUUUACUGCUUUUUUCCUUUCAGAGCCCGAGGGUGCACCAAAAAAGAUUUUGCCCAAAGCACUGAGAUGGCUAAUAAAUGUGGCUAAGAAGUCUUUAACAGAUGUAAACAAUGAAUAUAGUUCUGAUUCUGAGUCUUGUUUGGCCAUUGAUUCAACAAUGGUACCUGAUGUGACUGUGGUGGAUAAGAUCUCAAAGACUAGAGAUGAGGGUGUUGUUCCUACUGUGCAUGCAUUCAAUGUCCUUAGAGCUGCGUUCAAUGAUGCCAACCUGUCAACAGAUACAUCUGGGUUUUCAGCAGAUGCACUCAUCGUCUCAAUUCAAUCGUUUUCUUCUCCAUACUGGGAAGUGCGAAACAGUGCCUGCCUUGCAUAUACUGCUCUUGUUCGACGGAUGGUUGGAUUUCUCAAUGUGCAGAAACGCGAGUCUGCAAGGCGUGCCCUUACCGGAGUUGAAUUUUUUCAUCGGGAUUUUUCAAAAGUUUAUAAAAGGAGGGGCAAGAAGGUAAAUAAUCAGAGAGGAAGCGGAGGCAGAAAUAACGGACUAGAGGAAGGGGAAUAGUCCGCAGAGGGUAAAGAAACGAAUAAAAGAAAACGGAAGCGGAAGGGGAAAGGCACUGGGAAGUUGUUCGGAACUGGGAGAGCGAGAUCCUCUCGAAAGAUCUCAUUUUUACUUUCUGCUAUUUUGUUCCUUUAUAGUUUUUGUUCCCAGACUGUUCUUGAGUUUUCUCAAUAAAGACUCUAAUAUUAAGUUGGAGUGUGUAGUCAAAGUAAAGUACAUGAAUAGUGUAUAUAUUCCAAUGUUGCAAUUAAUGAGAUACGGAGGAUAGUAUUUGCUUAUUGUAUAGAUUAAAUAGAACCAUUCAGUUCCUUGUGUAUUUGCUAUCUGAGGGUUGGAUAGAAAUUAUCAAGCUUUUCUCAUUUUAGUUAUGCCAACAUAACAUCAUAACAUGCAUAGAAAAUAUGCUUUUAUUCAAUCUCUGCAGGUACCCCUCAUUGCACAAUUUCUUAUUUAAUGAACUGAAAAUUGCAACUGAAAUGCUCUUGGAUGGAUCUGCUGAGAGUCUAUCUUCCAGUUUGGCAAAAGUAGUGCACCCCAGUUUAUGCCCUAUACUGAUUCUUUUAUCUCGGCUUAAACCAUCUGCAAUCACAUCUGAAUCUCGAGAUCCGUUCAACCCUUUCUUAUUCAUGCCAUUCAUCAGGAAGUGCUCAGUCCAAAACAAUCUUCGGAUUCGCAUUCUUGCAUCUAGAGCUCUGACCGGCAUUGUGUCCAAUGAAAAACUACCAGUGGUUAUCUUUAAUAUUGCCUCUGAAUUGCCUCCCAUACACAACCGGAGUUUGACAUCUGGAUUUUCCAACUCGAAUGCCUCUUUUAAUUCAAUCCACGGAAUGCUAUUGCAGCUGAGCUCUCUUUUGGAUGCCAACUGUAGAAACCUCGCUGAUUUCUCUAAGAAGGAAGAUAUUCUUAGUGACUUGAUUCAUAUUCUUGCUAAGAAUUCGUGGAUUGGAAGUCCUCAAAAGUGUCCUUGCCCAAUUCUUAACAGCAGCUUUUUGAAGGUUCUUGAUAACAUGCUCAGUAUUGCUAGAACAUGUCAAAUGUGCAAAUGUAUUAGUGUCAUUUGGAACCUACUGUGGGCCUUAUCAGCAGAGUGCCUAGAUCUAGACACUUCUAAAGGGCCAUCAUACUUUGAUCCAACAAUUACAGAACUUCGGACACAAGCUGCAAGCUCAUAUUUCAAUUGCGCUCAUCAAACAUCUAAAGUAGAUGAAGAUCUUAUGCUUUUGAUGAGAGGUCCUCCACCUGAUUCAGAAUUGUUUAAGAACUCUGAAAUUCAAUCGUCUGUUACUAGAUUCCAUGAAAGACUGGUCCAAUCCAUGUCUGAUACAUCAUAUGAAGUUCGAAUUGCAACACUUAAGUGGCUACUUCUUAUCCUGAACACACCUGAAUGCAGUACUGGAAGCAGAGAUAGAUCUUACAGCGAGGUGAAAAUGCUUUGGUUGACCAAUAUUGACCUCCAGGCUACUUUAAUGAGACAUUUAGCUGUGGAGAAGAAUCCUAAGUGCAUGAACUACAUUUUAAAGAUCAUCUACACUUUCAACAUGCAGGAGUAUCAUAAGGACAACCAACAACAUGAGAAACCAAGUUUUAUUGGGAAUAUGGACAUUGAUUCAGUCCUCCAGUUUUGGGACAAAGUGGUUUGCUUGUACAAUGUCACAAGACAUGCAAAGACUAGAGAGAGUCUUGUAUGUUGCAUGGCCAUUUGUAUGAAACGGUUAGUUGACCUUUUUACAGGCUCCAUCUGUGGCUCGGGUAACAAUAAAAUAGUGGUAUUCGCCUCUUGUGAUCCAUCCGAGUUAUCUGUUUUCAUUCAGUGCAUAGACUAUUUUGUCAAAGCCAUUCAGGAGCAUAGUGAUGCAUCAGAGCCUAUAAAUAUGCGGAAGGCAGCUGCCAAAUCAAUAGUUGCAUCUGCUUUGCUGGAACAAGCUCAGCAUCUCAGUCCUCCUUUAGUGUCCUACAAUCACCAAGAAGUUCCUGAAGGAAACAAAAAUGAUGAUGCUGUUUAUGCAUUUUAUGCUCGUAAGAUUCUGGAUUUGUGGUUUAUUUGCAUAAAGCUUCUGGAGGAUGAAGAUGUUGGACUUAGGAAGCAACUCUCUCUGGAGAUCCAGAAGAUCACCUCUGGAAAUUGUCUUUCAACUGUAUUAGUUCCUACCCAAGUAGAGAGAGUGAUCGAGAUAAGCUUUGAGCAUCUUUCAUCUACUUUUGGCCACUGGCUUGACUAUCUUGACUCUCUUUGCCACUGGGUUCUAACCACUGCAAGCUGUGCAUAUUUGAUGUUAUCAACAGCAGAUCCUGUGAGACGUGUCUUUGACAAGGAGAUUGAUAACCAUCAUGAAGAAAAGCUGCUGAUCUCUCAGUUGUGUUGUUCCCACCUGGAGAAGCUUGCAGUUUCAAAAUUGACAACAGAAUAUUAUGACAGGCAUAUUGUCUGUAGUUUCUUGUUGAGCUGGAGGAAGAGAUUUUGCCAACAGUUGGUGUCAUUUGUUAAUGAUUAUACUGGUAUUCACGGUGGUGAUGAUUGGAUUGGUGGAUUAGGCAACCAUAAAGAUGCUUUUUUACCGGUGUAUGGGAAUUUAUUGGCUUUUAAUGCUGUGUCAAGCUGUAUUCUGAAUGGUGAGCUAGAAGACAGUAUGCUGCCUGAACUCCUUGAACUUGGAGAGGCAAUACAACCAUUCCUGGGAAACCCCUUGAUCUCUAGCCUAUUUGUUUCAGUUGUCAAGUCACAUGAGAAAAUUUCACGUGGAAAUGUUCAUCGCCUGCUUCCGGAAACAAGCAGAGCCAAUUCUGCUGCUUGGGAUGCUUUUGAUCCUUACUUUUUACUUAGGUGAGGUUCUCCCAUUUUAUCCAUAUUGUGUAGGUCUUUUAAUAGGGACACAAUUUGUCACCAUUAUUUCUCCCCGUCAUUAGAUGGUUGUAGUCUUCUUGGUUAGAGGAAGUCUCUAGGUAGUGUAACUUUAUAGACCUGCACACCGUACAUUUUAACUUACCGGUGAUGAUUUGUUGUGAUUCUACUACACUAUUCUUUUACCCGUGUGUUGCUGGGGAUAACAAACUAAAAAAUUACUUGAACGUUAUUUAGUGUGUUCAAAUAGAAUUGGAUGAAGAUGCACAUCAAGUUAUUAACCAUUAUCAAAGAUUUUCCCUACUCUUAUAG